GUAAAGCGGCCAGUGAAUAGCAUUACAAUUUAGCGAGUCAGCGGUCACGCCAGUUGUCAUUCAGACGCUGAUAUAAGUGUAUGUGGCGUCGCAGAUAAACCGCUUGUUCGUUGUGACGUAAAUAAGUGACGAGUGAAAAAUGGUUAUAAUUUAUACAUAAAAAGGAAACACGCUGUAUAGUGGAACAGACGAUGUUAUUAAAUCAAUAAGUCAGACGUGAUGGCCUGGAUUCUUCUGUGCAUUCUUUUGGUUUCUCUGUUUCAGGCAUCAACGAAUGGCGCUGACGUAGGUGACACUCGGUCAGUGUCGGAGAGCGAGAGGUCUGCCAACCACAAACCGAAUGGUUCGUACAAAAUCCUGAAUAGAUUUGUGAAGCCUUUUGUCACUAAAAGAGUGGGUUUCGUCUUCCCGGGAUUAACGUCACGGGCUGGGAACAAUCUAGUAAUUCCUGAUGAGUGCAAGAAAAUUGGCAUCUGUGAAGACAUACCCAAUUACCCAGAAGAUUUAGUGAAGAAUUUAGCUCAAGAACUUGAAAAAAAUAACAUCAGUAAAUUCAACAAAGAUGUUCUGGACAUACCACAGAUAGCUGAAAGAAUUGGACCUGAGGAAGAAAACAUUGAACUUUGCAAUUCAGUACAAAAGCUGUACGCUCCACGAGCCGCUCAGGAUGCCAAUAAAGAAUGGUUCGUCAUUAUGAAUGAUAAAGUUAAGCCACAGCAAACUUUUCGAGUAGAAAUAUGCCAGACCCGGGAUUCGCCUUGCUCAGCGGUGGCGUAUUUUCAAAAUGGCUACGAAGCGCGAUGCGUGCAGAAAUACAUGUUACGACAGAUGGUUGCCUUAAAUGAACAAAAUGAAGUCGUUCAGAGACCCUUCCAAGUGCCCAGUUGUUGUUCUUGUGUCGUGAAAGUUGUGUAAAGAAUAAAACUAUUAAAUAAUAUAACACAUUUCUUGUUGUAUUACAAAUAUAUUGUAACAUAAAACAAUGUUAUUAUAGUAAUCGUUGAUGUUAA